UAUUAUCGGGAUGGAACACGCAAUCCUUUCAAAAGUUAACGCCUAGUACCCUAUCAGUGAGUGGUUUGUACUGUAUAUUCUUUUACCCGCAUUCACUGUCCUUCAACUCGAUGAUUUGAUUAAAUUUCUCUUGCCCUUCAAAAUUUAACCCCAAGUUCAAGGAUUUCAGUAGCAAACUAUUAGUGGAAACUCCAUUGUUAACUCUCUCUCAUUUUAGAAGAGGUGAAGAGGUUAUUGUGAAAACUUGUUUUUGGAAUAUUGGGUUAAAGUGUUCAUUGCAAAUCUUGGAUGAGUGUCCAAGUUUUUGAUGGCCUUAUUCUCAAAUAAUGGCUGCAUUGAUAAGUUAUUACCUGUGGGUUCAAGAAUGAACUCAGUAAAGCCACCACUCAAUUGUCUAUAUCCUGCAUUUGCUUGCCGUCGGCCUACUAUUGUGUUUCCUCACAAGAGUCUUAGCUUUCCUAGGAUAAAUGCUUCAUCAAAUCGGCGAUUGGAUGUGAGUUCGUCAGUGUCUACCUCUUCCAACAAAUGCCUGUGGUUCGAAUUGCCUCGAGCAUUUGUUAAGGCUUCUACCUCGUCCUUGAUAUUGGUCGCGCUUGGCAUCUUUACCUUUUCAUUUUCUAGUAAGACAUCUAAUGCCCUUGCUGCUGUUGAUCCUGCUACAUGCCCAUCAGUUCAAGAGGAAAUCGUUGCUGAAGAAAGAGGUGUGCAAAAUGUGGAUAGUGAACAGCAGCGUGAAGAAUUUGAAAAAUGGAAAUCCAAAACAUAUGCUUUGACUGUCCCUUUGAAAGUUGUUGCUCUACAAGGCUCUGUACCACCUGCCUGGAUCAAGGAUUUCAUUCAGUCUCAAGGAAAGAGAUUAAAGCUAAGUGUGCAGUUCCGUGGAACCCUUGAAGAUGUUUAUUCUGAACUUUCAAGGUCCAUACUUAAGGAAGAAGAUUCUCCAAAAUCUGCCAUCACAGCUGAUCUCAUUACUGUUGGUGACUCCUGGCUUGGUCUGUUGAUCGACAAGUCUAUAAUUGAACCAAUGCAAAUGGCAGAGAAUCAUGAUUGGUUUAAAGAUCUCCCAGAAAAGUGGAAGGCUUUCUUGCGUAGGAAUAACAAAGGGAAAAUCGAUCCUGAAGGUAGAAUAUGGGCGGUACCGUAUAGAUGGGGAAGCAUGGUAAUAGCAUACAAGAAGAGCAAAUUUGACAAGCUUGGACUUGCUCCGAUAGAGGAUUGGAAAGAUUUAUGGCGUCCCGAGCUUGCAGGAAAGAUUUCUAUGGUGGAUUCGCCUAGAGAGGUAAUAGGAGCCGUGUUGAAGUAUAUGGGAGCAUCUUACAAUACUAGUGACAUCAGAAAAGAGAUUCCUGGUGGUACAAGUGCUGUACAGCAGAAUCUAGAUCUACUUGCAAAACAGGUCUUGUUAUUUGACAGUGGAAACUACCUGAAGGCAUUCAGUGUAGGUGAUGCUUGGGUGGCUGUAGGAUGGAGUAGUGACAUCCUUCCUGCUGCCAAGCGAAUGUCAAAUGUUGCAGUUAUUGCUCCAACGUCAGGAGCCAGUUUAUGGGCAGAUCUGUGGGCUGUGCCAGCUACAACUAAAUGCUUGCCAAUGGAAAAACUUGGAGGGCGUAUCAGAGGGCCGUCUCCACUAGUUCAUCAGUGGUUAGACUUCUGCCUACAACCUGCUCGAGAACUUCCAUUCAAGCAAGGGGUUUUUCCUGGUGCAAUGCCAUCUGCCUUAGAAAAUGUACCUUCUGAAGUCCUUCCCAAGGGCGCCCCAAAGCUGACCACAAACCUGAUAUCUGGAAUUCCACCGCCUGAAAUCUUACAUAAAUGCGAAUUCUUGGAGCCAUUAUCUGAAUCAGCAUUGUCUGACUAUGAAUGGUUGAUUGCUACUUUAGAGAAACCUAGGCAUGGGUUCGUACAACAAAUUUUCACAACUGCAUUUCAUGCUACCAAGAUGAAGCUACUAUCAUUGAGAAAGAAAAUUGAUGAUUGAGGUGCUCUAUUUGUGUAAGAGCGGAAGGAAACGACAUGUUGUAUUGUACUUGUAAUCCGUGUAAAUUAUUUAUGAUGUUUAAUUCAGCAAUUUUCAGUGA